UUCAUUUAACCUUGUCACCUCUUUGUGGGCUCCAAGGGUUUUUUCUCUCUCUCUCUCUCUCUCUCUCUCUCCCCUGGCUUCUUGUGGUGCCGAGGAGCUUUCCCUGGAGAAUCCCAGUCGAUCUGCCGCUACAGCCGCGUUGCACACCCAAAUUCUGGGUAUGAGCAUUGGUUUCGGUGGGAUUCAGUGGCCGGAUUGAGCAGCCAGCUAUGGCGAUCGCCUUGGGGCGUCACAGAUUUCCCAUGCUGGCCACGCAGCCGCGGAUAUUUCACAGAUCGGCGGCCAAAAGAUUGGCUGCCAGCGGUCUCUGGAGCCAGCGGCCGCGGAUCAAGAGGAUUUCCGUGAGAUCUUCGACGCCGGCGCACAAAGACGCGAUCGGUCAUCACGAGAAUGGGCUCGCAUCGAUCGAUCCAGCUGCUGCUGCCGCCGCGGCUCAGAUUGUGAAGCAUUACGAUCGAAGCAAGCGCCUGGAGGAACGCAUCGAAAGGGCAAUUUUUGAUUGCAGAUUCCUCACACUGUUCGGAGUGAUUGGUUCUUUAGCAGGCUCAUUGCUGUGUUUUGUCAAGGGUUCUUUGUUCGUGUUGAGGUCGUUUAUAGAGUAUUUCAAUGCAAUCUGGCAAGGAGUUGACACCGAGGUUAUACUUUUGCUGGUGGAAGCUGUAGACAUUUAUCUCAUGGGGACUGUGAUGCUCAUCUUCGGGAUGGGCUUGUACGAGUUGUUUGUGAGCACGCUCGACAUUCCAGAAGAGAACCUCCCGGCUGGAGUCCCCAGAACUACUGUUUGCGGCUCCAACUUGUUUGGGCUUUUCAGGCUCCAGGAGCGCCCGAAGUGGCUGGAAAUUCGAUCCCUGGACGAGCUCAAGACGAAACUGGGACAUGUUAUCGUCAUGAUCCUUCUGGUUGGCAUGUUUGACAAGAGCAAGAAGAUCGUCAUCCACACAGCCUUGGAUCUCGUGUGUCUCUCGGCCUCCAUUCUUUUCUCAUCGGGCUGCCUCUUCCUCCUCUCUAAAUUACACAAGUAAUAGGGGUGCGAUCUACAAACCAUUGUUUAUCACCACAAACGUUGGUUAAAUACACUUUCUAUUUGACCUAGUUUUUUCGCGCCGAGUUUUGAAUUUAGGGAUGGGAUGGAGCGAUGGAUGGAGCUACUAGGAUUGCUCCGGCGGGAUGGCGGCGUGCGCCUAGCGGUGGAUUGGGUCGAUUCGGGGCAUUCUUCGCAGCUUUGGAUGCUGAUCCCCGAUCUUCUGGCGCGGGAGGUUGCGCUUCUGGACGGCAUCCAGGCUCGCAACUGCCUGUGGAUUGAAACACUGCCUAGCGCGAUGCAAGCUGAUGUGUUGGCCUUUGUUUACCUGCGAUCCAAUCGCUUUCGGCCCAACGAUUUGCUGCUGCUUUCUAAGCGUCUGCUGGAGUGCGGUGAGAACUUGGAUUUUUGGGUGCGACGAGCAGCACAGACUCUUCUCGAAAAAUGCUCGCAGUCGUCGAAUUCUAAAGAAGCAUCAGACUUCGACGAGAUUCCGGACUUUCUAAAGAAGCAUAUGGAACCUGAAAGCCACGAAGCAAUGCUCAAAGAAGACGCGCAACAAGAAUUCAAUCCAGAAGACGAGGAAGACUACUGGAACUUGAAGUUAUCAGAUGAUACCACUCCUGAUCACGACUUGGAAAAAGAGGAAGACAGCAUCAGGAAUCGAUCUAGCUGAGAAGGCCCUGGGGUUAGGAGAAAUCUCUUCAGAACUUAACGACUUUCACACCGAUGAGCAAGUCGGGUGCGUCACUGGGGGAAAUGUAAGCGCUUGGCUGCAAAUCUAAAUCCAGGACAGCUUUUCAGGAGAGGAUAUAAAUUAUAAACAUGGUUAGAAUCG